AUCCAAAAUUUUCUGUUGUCGUCAGGAGCAUUUUAUGCAAAUUUAAAGCUUUGUUUAUUUCGUUUUGUCGUUCAAAGAUGAAACGCUAUUCAGAUAAUUUCAGCCCUGGCCGCUGGAAACGAAUUUGUCCUCCGGCCGAAGAUUCCGACAGUGACAGUUCGUCAGAUUCCGACAGCCCCAUAGAUAUUUAUAGAAGGCUGUUUGGUUACGGGGGUCCCAACUGCACACAUUGUGAUUUUCCUAAUCUGGUUUGUUCCUGCAGUCUGCAACAGAAGCUUACCACCAGUUCAAGGCAGUCCAUGAUUCUGCUUGAUCCUGUUGACUCAAUUGAGAGAGUUGAAGGUCCAGCUGGAGGUAAUGGUACUAGUCAUGCCAGUGCCAGCAGCAGCAAUGGCAAUAGCAGCAGUAGCAGUAGUGGUUACCAGCCAAGUCUCAGAAGUGGAAUGACACCAACUGGACAUUCAGACACAAGCAAUGAAAGGUCUUCUGUUUCCUUCCGGGCAUCUACCAGCAUUCAGCAGUUUAGAGUUCGUCCACCCCCAAGAUCAACCAUGGAUUACGAAAACAGACAGGAAUUGGGAUUGUUUUCUGAUGAAGAUGGCACAAUAAAUCUGUUUGGAUCACCAAAGCUGCAUGAUUUCUCACAUGGCAACAGACCAAGGGAAUCACCAGAAUCUUCCAUAGAAGUCAUAACAUCUAGUGCUACUGUCGGAGCUGCUUCCUCGUCUGCUACUACUGUUGGUGCCACUACCUCAUCUUCGGCGACUGUUGCUGCCACCACCUCAUCUGUUGCCACUGUCGCUGCUACUACCGCACCUGCAGAACGAGAAAUUAACAACGAAUUGGACGAGUUUCACGCCCGGCUCUUGAGCUUAAUCGAAUGUCCCGUCUGUUUGGAACCGAUCUCCCCACCAAUCCAUCAAUGUCGUCGGGGCCACCUGGUCUGCGGGAAAUGCAAGAGCCAGUUAAAUCAAUGCCCCACGUGUCGGGACCGGAUGUCGGAAAUGAGGAACUUUGCCGUAGAACGGAUGGCUGAAUUGCUGAAAUAUCCUUGCCGGAACGCUGGACUGGGAUGUCCAGUAGCGAUUUUAUUGUCUGGUAAAAACGCCCACGAAUCGACUUGCCCGUUUCGUCAUUACAACUGCCUCUUCCGCACGUGUUCAUGGACGGGUUUUCAGCAGGAGAUGGUGCCGCACUUGCGCUCGACCCAUUCGCUCCGUUUCCUGGAAGGAAGUCGCCAGGAGAUCGACGUGGAACUCAACUCGCCCACCCUUUUCUACACCGAUUGGGCCCUUUCAUGUUUCGGCCGCAUUUUUCGUCUCAACGUUUUCCAGCAUAUACCCAACUCGAUGUUUUACGUGUCUGCCUACUUGGUGGGUAGUAGAGGUCGAUCUGAUGACGUCGCAGGCCGUUCCGAAUCGGAUUUCACUUACACUGUGACGGUAAACGGUUCACUGGGCCGACGUGCUUCCUACACUCGGCAAACACACGCCGAAUCGACCCGGACGAGUCAGCUCUGCCACUCUGAAGAUUGUUUUAGUAUCCGAGGCGACAAGUUGGAGCAUUUCACUCGCGACCGAGGGAGCAAAUUGCGUUUGCACGUCGAAUUGCAACAAUUAGACACGUCCAGCCACACUUUCCAGGACAACUAGAGUAAACCAAAAAAAAAAAAACACAUAGAGAUGUCGCAUAUUUUUCUUUUCCGUUUUUUGCUCGUCUUACAGGUGGGUAUUUAUUGAAUUUGUAGUGAAAGCACUCUAAGUUGUUUGCUGCUAAACUUUUUUCUUCGUCCUUUGCGUUGGCGUCGUCUCUUCUGUGUAAUCUCAAAUACAAAGGCUUUACGCGUUUCUUAUCGGCGUCCGCUUUAAGCAAGACGGUGCUUUGUGUAAAAAAUGGAACA